AUUUUCUCCCAAAAAAGGUUCUUUGAUUUUUUUUAUCUUUCGAAAAAUCCCCUAAAUUUGACUCUAGGGUUACGGGUAGUUUCCUGAUUCUCCUCGUGCAACUCAUUCUCACAUCAAGGCUGCCAGCACAUUCUCCUCUACACCUUUACAAGUACCGAUUACUUGAUUUUCGCCUCCUCUUAAUCUUAUAUCUGCUUGAUUUCAACAACUGUUAGGGUAAGGUAUUAUUCGAAGGAAAUCUGGAAUCAGGAAUGGAGGAGAUUACUGAAGGAAUCAACAACGUUAGUAUCACCGGCGGUGACAUUCAGAAGAAGAAUCGUAUUCAAGUCUCCAACACCAAGAAGCCGCUAUUCUUUUACGUCAAUCUAGCCAAGAGGUAUAUGCAGCAGCACAAUGAAGUUGAGCUCUCUGGGCUUGGAAUGGCUAUUUCCACUGUAGUCUCUGUAACUGAAAUUCUGAAGAACAAUGGUUUGGCUGUUGAGAAGAGGAUCAUGACAUCAACAGUUGAUGUUCGAGAUGAUUCAAGAGGACGUCCAAUCACAAAAGCCAAAAUUGAGGUUGUGCUGGGGAAGAGUGACAAAUUUGAUGAGACAAUUGCAGCAGCAGCAGCUGCUGAGAAGGACCAACAAGUUGGUGGUGAAGAACAAAGUUAAACUUAUGUCUUUCCUGUCAUCUUUUUCUUCUUUCGUGUCUUGUGUCAAGUUUUUGGCUUCUUGUUUUUCAUUUGAGUACUCCAUUAAUGUGUUGCUGUUAGGGUAAAUGAAAUCAACACGACCACUUUUGUUAGAUGGUAUGGAUUUUUUUUCUUACUUAGACAUCUUUUUUCCUCAUUUAUUUCAUGUAAAUGAAGGUUUUGAUUAAAGAUUAAAGAAAAAAAGAAAGUUCUUGUCAUCUUUUAAA